AUGGAGCCCUCUCUUUCACCCUCUUAUCCCCAAUCCCCACUCAACAGUUCUUUUCCGAGCCCACUGCCAACUUCUGGCUCCCAGCAAGCCCCCAGCAUCAUCUCGUCUCGGAUGACAGAUAUUGCGUCGGAAGAUGGUAACGAAUUCCAAAAACAAGUGCAAGCCACUGGUGGUAGGCCAAAUACAGCGGCUUCGGUCGAUCCGAAUCGCCCAGGCUCGGCCAUGUCAUCGCAAACUCGUCCUUCAACGCGGGCACCUCCAUCUCGAAGAGGUUUGGGUUCGCCUACUACAAUAGCUUCAUGGAGAAUGGGUGGAGCCUUUGAAGGACCCGGAGGAUCCAUGACGAAUUCCAGCAGGCCUCCUAGUGCGACUAGUCGGACAAGUCGAACACAUGUACCCUCAUUGGCCUCACAUGCUUUCUUUCGACCUAUGAGCUCGCAACGCUUGCAAGCCCAACGAGGCUUCCGACCGGCAAGAGUAGGACCGCCAUCAGCGAGCGUAGAUGGAUCCAGCGAGGCAGGCACCAAUACCAAUAGGCAUAGUAUGGUCUCGGAUGCGACGUCACAGCAAGGCCCCCAAAUUCAACACAACAACGACAUACCUCCGCCGUCGAGAGGAACGGAAUUUACGGAGCAAGAUGAUGGAGUUGCGAUCAAUGCGAGUCCUACCGAAAAUGCAACGCUUCAAAUCAAGGGCGAGAGUGAAAGACCGCUUCGAAGCCGCUCGCCGCACUCGAGACCAAUGCAACUAGACAUUGAUAAUCAAGGCAAUGGAUCACCAAAAUCUUUUCGAGCAAAUUUCCACCGAGCUGCAAUUACGCGAAAGGAAACGCAAGGCCACGAACGUCUUUCGUCGUCAAACAAUUCUCCAACAUUUGCAGAGAAGCUACCGGAAGCUGCUCCUAAAACUGGCAUCAACUACCAAUACUUUUCUGGGAAUACCGUCUUUUGCUGGGGAGGAAGGUUACAGAAUGCUAGAGAUAGACCUAUCAACCUCGCGAGCGGAAUCAUUGUGGUAUUACCCACUAUUCUUUUCCUUGUAUACUCAGGACCGUAUCUCUCACAACAUGUCUCACCAGCACUGCCGUUUUUUUUUGCGUAUCUUUUCUUCAUAUGCAUUUCGUCCUUUGUCCAUGCAUCUGUGACAGACCCAGGGAUAUUGCCUCGAAACCUCCAUCCCUUACCACCCUCCGACAAGUCUGACGACCCACUCACGUUGGGGCCACCGACAACAAAAUGGACUAUGAUCAAGUCGGCCGGGACGCCAAAUGGCGCCAUGGAUGUCCCCACAAAGUAUUGCACCCUCCUUGGUAUCUUCCUCACCUUCGCCAGCCUCGGACACUGCUUGCGAUAUCAGACGGAACAAAGAACAUCGUUCAGUGAUUCUAUCCACAAGUGGAGGAUACCGUUCGCCAUGUUCAUAUAUGGCCUGCUAGCCACGCCUUAUCCUGCAUGCCUCUGGGGUUAUCAUUUAUGGUUGAUUGCGCGAGGGGAGACUACGAGAGAGUACCUGAACUCUCACAAGUUUGUCAAGAAUGAUCGCCAUCGACCAUUUACCCAAGUUAGCGCUUUCAAGAAUUGGGUUGUUGUGCUUCUUAGGCCAAGACCGCCGACGUAUCUCCGUUUCAAGCAGAAGUAUGAAGAAGGAGAUCAACGUUUCGGGGCUAGAAGAGGUAAGAGGCAAGCACCUCUCGCGGCAGACCAACAAGGCGGAGGAAUGGAGCUGCAAGACGUUGGUGGAACGAGCCAUAUCGACCAGUGA